AGGAUAUUUACUGGAAAUAUAUAUCAAAGAGGAAGGUGUUCUUGUGUUGGUUUCUGAUGGAAGCUAUUUUUGAUACUCAUUUGAAGUCACUUUUUUUCUAUGAAAACUGUUUGAUGGAUUGUUAUUCAUUGACCCAGGCAUAUAUUCAAUACAGCCGUUAUUUAGCAGACAAGCUACCCAAGUCAGAGAGAAAAAUGGCAAAUCGGAAUUAUGAUCAUUCCUAAUGUUUAGUUGAAAUUAGCAAAACUACAAUUAGGGGAGCAUCGGUUGUUAGACAAUUGGC